CGCAUUCUCUCUUUUACCCCUCGGCGGCUGCCGUAGAGAGGAAACAAUCAUGGCGGUGGUCAUCGGACUGAAGUUUUGACGGGACAAACUUUUUAAACUGCUAUGUUUCUCGCAGCCCUCUGGACUAAUUCCUCGGAGUUGUGUCAGCGAGCUCCUCUGACUUUGCCGGACGUCGGCUGAAAGGAGACAUGAGGUCUAAAAUGUGAACUUUACGGCUGCGUUAGCCGCUCCUGCUGCUGUCCUACCUCCUCAACAAGUCCUCCAGCCGCACGGGAGUCCGCGUCUCGCGGGACUUUAAAUGACUGAACGGGCUUUUAACUAAAGUUUAAUUGGUUAAAGUUCAGGUUAGAGAAGGGGGGCUUCGUUUCAAAAUGCUCCGUUUUCUUCAGUACUGUAUCAGCCACUGCGUCCACGCAGCCAUGACCCGGCUGGAGGAGGUCAACGGGGAGGCGAGCAUGUGGUCGUCGGUGCGGUGGCUCGGCUACCUGGCCGGCGUGAACCUGCUGCUGGGCCUGUGUCUGGGUCUGUACGCGCGCUGGGAGGACACGGCCGUGUCCGUCUUCCUCGUCGUCUUCGUCCUGGCCCUGGUCGUCCUCGCGGCGGCGUGCGUGCUCUACUACUUCUUCGCGCAGGAGCGGCUCAGCCUGGCUCUCCUCCACCUGCUGCUCGGCUUCCUGCUGGGGCUGCUCAGCCUGCUCAACCCGCGCGACCCGGACGCCAACGUGAAGGAGCGCGCGGCCAACUACCUGCUGCUGGCCAGCGUGGCCCUGCGGACCCUGUGGGCGCUGCUGGAGCGGCUGCUCGGCUCCGCCCGCUACCGACCCGCCUUCCUCACCUCGGCGGAGCGCCUGGAGCUGGUGGGCUUCUCCGCGGCCAGCACGGCGCUGCUCGUCGGCGAGUCCCUCAGCGUCAUGGCGCUGCUCGUGGCUCUCGCCGCGGUCAUGGUCGCCCUGCGGACCAAGGCGCUGCUGGCCCCCGUCAACCUCGCCUGUUUCGCGGCGGUCACCGGGGAUCUCUUCUUCAAGUCGCUGAGCGUCGCCACCAACCCCUUCGCGCUCACCUGCUUCUUCGGCCAGCUGCUCUGCGACCCUCUGCUGGACUUCUACUUCAGCGGCCUCUCCGUCACCGAGCGCUGGCGGUCCUUCCUGGUGUCGGCCGCCUGGAGGCGCCGCCUGUCGCUGCUGCCCCUGCUGGGGGUGGAGGCGGCCUUCGUCGCCCUGGCCGCCCGCAGGUUCGCGCGCUCGGAGCGCUGGUACCUGGCGAUCCCGGGCUUCGUGGCGUGCGCGCUCUUCUGGGCCGUCUGCCACGUGGUGUUCGUGGUCACCGUGUGGGGCUUCCACACCAAGCUGAGCGACUGCCAGAGGCUGAGCUGGACCCAGGGUCCGGACAACUCCUGCCUGGAGAAGAUCAUGGCCUCCAAGGGCAUGAGGCACUUCUGCCUCAUCUCCGUGCGCCUGGUGACCUUCGCGCUGGUGUCCACGGCCGCCGUGGCUGCCGUCAGCUGGCAGGAGACCAGCGGCAUCUUCAUGAGCACGGUCCUGCUCGUCCUCACCCUGGAGUCUCUGUUCCACGGCCUCUUCUACGAGCUGGGCAAGAGUCUGGGGGGAACCUGCGUGGGCUACGCCGUCGUCAUCCCCACCAACUUCUGCAGUCCGGACGGCCAGCCGCUGCUGCUGCCGCCUGACCAGGUGAGCCAGCUGAACGAGCGCUCCACAGGCAUGCUGAGAGCCGUGCAGCGCUUCUUCGCCUGCCACCUGAUCGAGAGCUUCGGCUGCGACUACUCCACCAGCGGCGUCACCCUGGAGGCCCUGCAGGCCAAGAUCAAGGCCUUCCUGGAGCUGCGCACGGCGGACGGGCCGCGCCACGACACAUACGUCAUCUACUACAGCGGCCACUCGCACCGGAGCGGGGAGUGGGCCCUGGCAGGUGGCGACGCCCUCGGCCUGGACCAGCUCCUGGACUGGUGGAGGGAGAAGAACGGCAGCUUCUGCUCGCGCCUCAUCCUGGUGCUGGAUUGUGAGAACUCCCUGCCCUGGGUGAAGGAGGUGCGGCGCGUGGAGGGGGCGUACGUGGCCGUGCAGGGGGCCACGCUGGGCCGGGCGCCGGACCCCCCGCAGCUCGGGGACUUCACCGAGCUGUGGGUGGACUACAACUGCACCCCCGGCAGCAGCGUGCGGUGGACGGGGAGGGCGGUGUCGGCCGCCUACGGCGUCUCCAAGCACUGGAGCGACUACAGCCUGCAUCUGCCCAGCGGCAGCGACGUCACCAACCACUGGAGCGCGUACUUCCCCAGGCUGACCUACCCGGUGGUGCAGCUGGCGCUGUGGUGCGGCGGCCUCAACCUGCUGUGGGUCUGCAGCUCCUGCCUGCGCUACCUGAGGAGGAUCAAGCUGAACUGGUUCCCUCCGGCGGUGCUGGACACGGAGCAGGGCUUCAAACUGGUCCGCUCGUAGGAGACGGAUGGAAGCGUCGCGUACGGCAGCUGCUCGGCACCAGCCACAGUCUUUUUUUAGUUACUGAGAAAGAGCGUGUUCCGAUUAGUUUUAUCCUGGUAAAUGUUUAUUUUUUUUAACAAAGUUAAUAAGUUUGAACCCACCACUCCCUGAUGGAAGACUGAGCGCUACUACUUUGCACAUUUUGCUCCUGUUAGAUCGGACUACCUUGAAUUUAAUGCAUUCACACGUUGCCUUUUACCUGAAAAAAAAGCAUCAAACUUGCUCAGCUGUUUUUUGUGUUUUGUUUUUUAAAUAUUGAACCAAAGUGACUGAGAUGCAUUUAUAUUUCUCAGGUUGUGUGUUUUUAAUCUGCUUACGCUCAGUGAAACAACUCCUAUUGUACUUUCUGCUGCUUUGUUUUCCCACUUUGCUUAGGAAAUGCUCAGGUUUGCUGCUUUGUGUAAAUCUUUUCUACUUUUUUUUUUUUUUAAUAUAGAGGAAGUUGUUCGACCCACUCCAGCAGUUUCAGGUUGCCCUGCACGGCUUCAAACAGACGUGCGGCUGUAAGGAGAUGCAGUACUUUUGAUAAGCCAAAGAACGAUAGAAUAUUCUUUCUAGACAUUAUUACAGUUUAUUGUGCUAUGCAAUGUUUGUUUUUUACAAUUAGUUUAACAUGGUUGAAAGAGAUUAGUGGAGAGAAAGUGGGAGAGAAAUCGAAUACACUAUGCAAUAAAAGAAGUGAAACUUGA